GUUUUAAUUUAGUUGGAAGUCUCCUUUUUAAAACAAUACAUGUUCAUGUCAUUGUUUCUUUACGCUAUUAAAUGUAUUUCACACAAAUGAAGACCAAGUUCUUUUUUAUAUUCUUGUUAUGUUUGAAGAUUUCCCGCGGGAACUGUAAUAUCGAAUACAAUGCUAACGAACAAUUGCAAAUAAGUGCUAAUAUAUUGCAAGUGUAUAACCGAGAUCUGGACAAUUCCAUAAAAUGGAAGGAAUUGAAAAACGUUAGUUUAGACCUCCAGGUGGAAUAUCACACUGACGAAACCAUCUCUAGAAUGGAAAAAAUUCGCAAUUUGAUAAACGAAGCGGCCGAUAGUUAUUUUGAGUCUUCACACGAAAUCUACGAUUGGGCCAGUAAUGUUGUAUCAAAAUUAACCACCUUCGAAAACUUGAAACGACGGAAUAGGAUUAUUGAAUUAAUUCUGUUUGCAGAAAAUAAGUAAACAUUUCAUUGUUAUUUAUGAAAAAAUUGAUGAAAUUAUUACCGCAUUUGGGAUCGUUUUUAAUUAAGCUUAUCCUUAAGGGUUUUUGUUUUGUCGAACGCAAAUUCGGUUUUCUAAUAAAUGCAUAACGGAUGAUAACCCUAUUAUCAAGCUCAUAAUUCCAAUAUGGUAUUUUUUUAAUUUUUUGGAAAUAACCGGAAAUCGUCAGUAAUAACCGCAUAUUACACUUGUUCUAUGUUGAGAGAUGAUGAUAAUGACCUUGAAAAAUGAAGUCAGAGUGUAUACAAAUAAGACAAUUUCGGCGAAAAAUAUAAAUUAAUAUUUUCGAAGAAAAAACAAAAAUAUUUAGUAUAAAGCCAGCCUGUGCUUUGAUUGUUGUUCAGUUCGUAGUCUCCUUUUCAAGACAGUGUCUGUUUAUGUAAUUUUUUCUUCGCGAUUCAAUUUAUUUUACUCAAAUGAAGACCAAGUUAUUUUGUAUAUUCUUGUUAUGUUUGGAGAUUUCCCGCGGGAAUUGUAAUGUCGAAUACAAUGUUAACGAACAAUUACAAAUAAGUGCCAAUAUACUGCAAGUAUAUAAUCGAGACCUCGACAAUUCCAUAAAAUGGAAGGAAUUGAAAAACGUUAAUUUGAACCUCACGGUUGAAUAUCACACUGACGAAACCAUCUUCAGAAUGGGAAAAAUACGCGAAUUGAUAAACGGAGCGGCCGACAGUUAUUUUGAGUCUUCGCACGAAAUCUACGAUUGGACCAGUAAUGUUAUAUCAAAAUUAACCACCUUCGAAAACUUGAAACGACGGAAUAGGAUUAUUGGUAGAUUAAUCGUCGACAUAAGUCAAAAAGGAAAAGAAAAAGCAGAGAAAUCAAUAGAAAAGCUAUUGAUUGUUCGCCAAAAAUUCGCCAACGCCAGUGUAGAGUGCAAAAACAUAAUUCCAUACUUCGACAUAGAUCAACUGAAGAAAAGUGAUCGUUUUCAAGCAAAGAUAGGCGAAAUCCGACUAUACGGGCAUUUGGGUACAUUUGGUGGGGCUGCGUUUUUGGGAAGUAUAGGGGCUGUUCUUGGAACGUUACUUCUUCCAGGGCUCGGAACUUUGAUUGCUGGAGUAGCUUUAGGAGUGACAUCACAGGUCGUAGGUUCAGUGGUUACAGAAGCUGUAUUUGUUGAAGAGGUCGCACAGGAGUUGGUCAAAGUACAGAACUAUUUUAAGAUAUUGUAUCCAAGAAUUGAUAAAGCUGCGGGGCUAAUAGACGAUGUGGUGAAAGGAGUAAAAGACGAAAUUAAUAGGGUGACUGAUUUGAAGAACGAGGCGGAAAGUGUCAUAAUCGUAGUUGAGGACAAUCUUAAAAAAAAUAUUAGCCUAGUAGAUGAUAAUGUAAAAAAGCUGCUGGACCAAUGCAACGAAUACAAAUUGGUACACAGUACUUGAUUAUUUAUUGAGGAAAAUUUAAUUUGACCCAUGAAGACUCAAGUCAUGCAUUAUAAUUAAGAAUAAAUUUAUGGAAUUAACUUCAAAUUGUAAAACCUUUUCCUAACACACACUUAAAUGUAAAAUUGGAGAGCAGAAGGCCUAAUAAAAUAAAGUUAAUCAAAGCACGCUAUUCGAUCGCUCCAAUUUAGUAUAAAACAGCCAAACAUGAAAAAUAUUUUGCCAUUUGUAAUUUGAUUCAUCGA